AUGAAAAGCACAAAUGCCCAUCGAGUAAAGCUUCCUCGCAAAAACAAAGAACUUCAGGAAAAACCUAAAGAAACAAAUAAACUGCCAGAUAGAACGAAAAAAUCUAAUAAAAGACACACGUUGACGAAUAGAACGCAACGUCAAGAGAAUCUAACUUCAUCCCAUUCUACACAUCAUUCGCGCAAUUGCGAGAAUGACCUCAUCAUUAUGCAAUGUGACAUUGAAUUAUCUGCAAUGGCAAAAAAUCUUGCUAAAUGCUGA